GCGCAUUAAUAUACGGGUGGUGCCUAUCUGCAGGGCGAUUCUAAUCGUGCUCUUUUGUGUGUAUUCGGAAUGUAUAUGUGAGCAGGCGUCUUUAUCAUGUCACAUCACAGUUGCCAUUUGACGCGUUUCGUCUUGAAUCUGUUGGAAAGCCGCUGAGCUUUGUACACGAAUCUGACGCUAUACUGGAAACAAAGUGCACGGAAGAUCUUAGAGGAGUAUAUCUUCGAUUUUGCAUGGAUUUGUGUUUUGCUCCGCGCUCCUGGCAUCACUGCGUAAAGGACUGAUCAUAUUGCCGAGGGGGGGAAAAGGCGCUGGCGCUGCGCCACGAUCUGGCAAGUGCGCCUCCCUUCACCGCUGUUUGGCUUAUUCAUAGUUAGGGGUUUGGAUGUUUUUAAAAAGGCAAGCACUGCUGUGAAGUUGAUCAGUCUGCUCAGAAAACUUCCAGAGGGGAAAGUGUCUUGGAAUCGGAGAGUCCAGAAUUUCAGUGCGCAACCAAUUGCGCACAAACUGGACUAUCGGAGAAUACCCAAGUGAAUCAUUUUUUAUAUGUACAUAUUUAUGUAAAAAAUCGACCGGAUUCUUCUUCAUUAUCUAUUUUUCAAGACUGUUUUUAUUUUUCUCAUUUUUAAGACACUCCAAGCUGUGCUUUCACUUUGCAUGUUGAGUUUUCACUCGAAUCUGAGCCAAUCGUUCAUGCGCUCUCAUAUCUAGUUCUUGCUUCUUCUUGUUUAUAUAAUAAUAAUUAUCAUUAUUAUCAUUAUUUAAAUCGGACCUCAUUAACUUUGAAACGAAGUAUGGCUCUUCUUGUGCUGGGUACAUUUCUCACGGCGUUGUCCAUCAGCGGAGGCUCUUUCGUGCCGUGCGAGCCGUGCGAUCAGAAGGCGCUCUCUAUGUGUCCUCCGGUCCCGGUGGACUGUCAGCUGGUGAAGGAGCCCGGCUGCGGCUGCUGCUUGACUUGUGCUCUGGCGGAGGGUCAGGCGUGUGGGGUGUACACCGGUACAUGCACAAACGGACUGCGCUGUCUGCCGCGCAACGGCGAGGAGAAGCCGCUUCACGCCCUGCUGCACGGCAAGGGAGUGUGUACGAACGACAAGGGACACAAACCACCGCACCCAUCCAUUGAUCGUGAAUCAAUAGAGCAUGAUGAUACAGUGAAGCCAGACACGACUGAAGACCAGAUUCCUAAAAUUCCGCUUUACCCCAAACCAGACGUAAUCCACAGCAGGAAGAAUGCUGCCUUGCUCAAGGACAAGAAGAAACAACAGGAGAAGCAUCGGUUACUGGUGCCGAUGGACUACUCCCCCCUUCCCAUCGACAAGCAUGAGCCUGAAUUUGGUCCCUGCAGAAGGAAGCUGGAUGGAAUCAUUCAAAGUAUGAAAGAUACCUCCCGUGUCAUGGCUCUUUCCCUCUACCUGCCUAACUGUGACAGGAAGGGCUUCUUCAAGCGCAAGCAGUGCAAGCCCUCCCGUGGCCGGAAACGAGGCAUCUGCUGGUGUGUGGACAAAUACGGCGUGCAGCUGCCCGGCACUGAUUACAGCGGCGGUAACAUCCAGUGCAAGGAUUUGGAGAACAGCAACAACAACGAGUGAGAAUCAACCCACCCUGAUCAUCAGACCUGGGUCCCACCUCCAUGUCCUGUCCCACCAGCCUACCCACCAGUCACUUUGUGAUUUUGAUGCAAAACGACAAAGACACACAACAGCUAUUACAAAAAUUAACAAUCAGGCUAAAAAGAAAAUGUUAAGGUGAGAUAAUCCACAGGAAUUGAUUUGACUGAGCGCUCAUCGCUAUCUCACUGGAUGCCAAUCAGAGGAGCCAUCUGCUAGUGCUGAGUCCCGGCAACAACAAAAAAAAAAAGUAUAAAAAUAUAUACAUACAAUUAUAUAUUUUUAUAGAAGCUGGGGUUUGAGCACCAUACUGUUUUGUUUAAAGUUAACAUAAAACAAAAUACAGAAAAAAGAAAAGAAUAUAUGGCAUAUUAACAGGGCUAUCUUGGUCUUUUACAUCUUUUGCUGUCAAGGUAACAAAGGAGAUGGCAGAAACUUUUACUAUUUGAAAAAAAAAAGAAAAGAAAAAAAAGUGUCGUUUUCCAAAAGAGAAGAAAGAAUGGAAAACACAUGGUAGAGAUCUGCUGAUACAGUCAUCUCUAUCUGGCUUUUUUUUUUUUUUUUUUUGGGUCCUGUCAGAGCACUUAUUCAUUGGGGAACCUGCUUGGAAAUAUGUAACUCCACCAAGUUCAGUGUAUGCUUGUGUGCACAAGCGUAUGUUUGCGUGCGCACGUGUGUGAGCAAUGAAAUACGGUAAUACCUUUCACAAAAAAAUUAAAUAACGUAUCCCUCCCAGAACAUAGUCAAAAGAAAACCAGGAUCCCAUUAGACAAAUCUGUUUCAGUGGCUCCAGACUUUGUAGCCUAACAUGCCAACCGUGCCUAUGUAAACAGACGCUGUCACGCAGGGUUACACGGGGUCCCGAAUGAGAAAAAAAGUCCACAAAGAAUCAAUCGGUGACCACGCCUAGAAAAGAAAAAAGGCCACUCUGGAAUAUUUUUGUAUCAGAUAUUAUGGCAUCUGGGCCGAGUUAAAAUCGAGACAGAUGCUGUAACCCUUAAACGCUCCCAGCAUUUGCGUUUGAACUUUGACGGACAUUCACCGUGCAAAGCGGUAGUUUCUUUCUGUCUGUAUUGUUUAGUUUUUUUCUUUUCUGAAAAACUUUUGUUAUGUGCUGUUUCCUUUGACUUCAUGGAGGUAAUGACAGUCCACUUAUGAGCCAUGUUCCUCGACCAUGUGGUUUCACCGAAACCUUGGUAUGUUACCUUUAACUCUAGAUAAUUGAAUGGUUUUUUUGUGUGUGUGUUUUUUUCUUUUCACUUUUCUUUUUUGUUUUGUUAUCCUUAACAAACUACCACAACGAUCAGGUGCUCAGCAGAGGAGUAUUAGCAUUAUCAAUUUGCAUAUUUCCAUCUGACCUGUCACAAUGACAACUUGCACAUUUAAAUGCAGGUCAGACCACUUUUUAAGACCCGCCCACUUUGACUGUUCACCAAUAGCUAAUAGCUCUUUUGGUCAGCACAAUGACAUGUUUCAUUUGUAUUCCUGUAUUUCAUCGGCGUUAUUAACCACGGUGGAAACAGAAGGUGCGUUUCACUACAUCGUCAUUCAGUGUGUGAGUCUCAGUGCCUUCCUACAUGCAAAUACAUUUGAAUGGUGACGUGAACGUUACACAAUAGCCAAGGGGAACGAAAAUACCUUUUUAUAUUGACGAAGGACCUCAGUUGCGUUCAAAUACAGCGUCAGAUUAGAAAUGAAAUCCGUUACACUACAUAGUAUGUCAAGCAGCUAUCAGAAAUCGCUCCCUGCGCCGAGGCUGAGGUAGGGUGAGAACGUAGUCCAGCUAGCUCAUUUACUGUUAUUUCUCUUAUGAAUAAGCUGACGAUUGAUUUGACAGAGACUGCAAAUGUGUGUAAUUGCUGACAAGAGUAUUUCCAAUCAAGCUAUACAUCCCACAGGGAUACUCACCGGUCAGCACUUGAAGAGUGAGUGAAGCCAUGCCACAAUGGGUCCGUCCGGAUCUUACUUCAGGGCCCGAAUGAUCAUAGUUUCAAUGCUGGGAGGGGGCUGUAAAAAUAGUCACUAACACCCUACCCUAUAGAGCUGCAUCUCUCCAGAUCUCUAACAUGUAAAUACCCAUCAUAACCAGGCCAGGAUGGAAUUCGCACGCAUUUUCCGUAUUUUAGACAUGGAGCUUUGAGAACUAUGUCCUAACUAGUAGCGGAAAACACAGUCAAAUUUGACGGCGUAAGAAAUUGUGAUAGAAAAGUUUGUGUGAAUGGCGGUCGUUCCAAUUUUGUGGAAUUCCAUGCAUGAAGAUUCCGUGUGGGCCUGGCUGUGAUUCCAAAUAACCAUGGGUCCGCAGAAUCUAACCACUGCAUGUCAAAAAGAUUAGUGAAUGUCAAUUGGUGGCAUGAAAGAUAGGGUGUGUGUGUGUGUGUUUUUAACCAGACUUUUUCAAAUGUCUUGAGUACUUUGUAGAAGCCUAGUCGCCUCUGUUAUUGCACAAUUAGCCUUGUAGGUGUCCAUCACCACAGGGUAAAAUCAGUAAUCAGCAUUAUCCAGGUUAUGAUCCAUGCCGAAAGCCCCCUCCCCAUUUAUAAAAGCAGCUUGCACUUAAUUCAUUACCUUGCCACACAGUUAGUGCCGUUUCAAAGUGAAUCUCAGUUCAGGUAUAGGAGCAGGAGCAGGCCUCGGACAGAUACCCUGCCUGAGUACCUUUGACAGGGUCUUUGCAGCCCAAGCCCUAGACCCGCAUCAUCAUUCAGUGGGUUUACCAGUAACACAACUCUACCAAUCACAGUCUAUUCUCCAUCUGCUCUUGAUAGACUUUGCAUCUCAGUGAUAUCCGGGUUAGAAGGAGAGCAUGUGAGAGCCUUAAGCAGUGAUCUUGUGCUGGGCCUCCGUUCACAACAUUUCGCAAUACACCUCCUUUCACAAUACAAACUGCAAAAAUGUAUUUCUUUAUCAGUAUUUGUGUCUUGUUUUCCAGUAAAUUCAUCUGAACACCUUUAAAACUAAUUGAAUUCACUUUUUAUUGUUUAAUUAUGCAAGAUAAUGAGUUGUUUUCAAAGAAUAUCUUGAACAAAAUUUAGGGACACGUUUGCCCAUAGCGUAAGAAAAAAAAAUUUCAAAAUAUAGUAUGAGCUAAAAUUCAUAUACUCAUCUUUAUGUUUCAAACAAGUUUGACAUACUUUCUUCUGUGAAGCGCUAAAGGAGAAGGUUAGUAAAAUGUCCAAGCUGCUCACUUCUAGGGUCUGUCAAUCUCCAAAAUGGACAAAAGAUGCACAAUAUGAAUCAGAAAUUAUGAAACAUGUCCAAAAGUUGUAGGAGAACUUUGUGUGAGGAAUGUAAUUCAAUUUAAUUCAAAACCUUGCUUUAUAACCAUUGACUUUCAUUUUGAGGAAAAGUGCAGCUUUGAUAUCCUGCUCUAUUUGUGUUCCAUGGAAAAAAGAAUGUCAGUGAGUAAACAAUGCUAGAAUUUUCCAAUAAUACAAGACAAAUUCUCUGAAUACGAGUGUUGUCUUUUGAUUCUCAAAUCAACUGAUUUGGUUUUAAAGGAUGUCUAGAUAUUUGUACUGAAAAACCAGACAAAAAUACUAAUUUUUGCAGUGCUUCACACUUCAAGGUAGAAUUUGUAGACAGACAGUCUCGGAAUCUGAUGAGCAGUCAUGCAACGAAUUAAAAAAAAAGUGUUUAUCCGAAAACCCUGAAUGUUAAAAGACGAUGCACUAUGGCUGAAAACCGUUUUACCUUGUUUCCCCAGGUCAUAUAAUCCAUCUGGGUGUCACUGUGAGAAUGGGAAAGAAAUGUAAUUAAUGUGAUUUUGAUCCGUUUUGAUUUGUAAUUAGAGGCAACAGACUAUCGAUUGCCAGGACGCAGCAUGUUGCUUUUGUGCUUAUCUGCUUUCAUCAGAUUCCGAAUCUCAUACUUGGGUAGACAGCAGAGUUCAUAACUUGCACUACAGUAGAAACGACAGGUUUUCUUUCUUUCUCUGAAUGCAUAAUGGUGUUUUUUUUAUGGCUUUCUUUUUUUGUUGAUGAGAAAAGACUUGAUGAUUGACCACCUAAAUGUGGCUUAAACUGGCAUGUGAAAAAGACCCAUUAGUGGCUGGAGGACUCUAAAAAUGUUCAGCAUUUGGAACUCUUAUUAAAAACCAAUAAAAUGAAAAAAAAAAAAAUAUUAAGAAAGUGAAUAUCACUGUGUAAUAUUUAUUCAACUUGUAAUUUAUGUACUCUUUUAACUUUUGUCUUUUUUUUUUUUUUUUUGUUAUGACAAAGCAUUUAUUUAAAUAAAGUUAUGUAUUCAUUUAA